UAUUGCGUAGACGCGUAUCAACUCCUGUAAAGCAUGCCUACGCUCUCCGUGGUGAACUUCAACAUCGUCUGCGCUACACUGGGAGGCUUCAUCACUCUGUUCGGACUGGUGUCGUAUCUGCUAAAGGAAAAGUACUAUCUUUCCGAGGCUUUAAUAUCUUUGGUCGGCGGUUUGAUCUUCUCGCCUCACGCGGCCAACCUCAUACGUCCGCUCGAUUAUGCUCAGGGAAAUGCAGAGGAUCUCGAGACGAUAACUCUCUACUUCACCAGACUGGUGUUGGGUGUCCAACUGGUUCUGGCCGGUGUUCAGCUACCCAGCAAGUAUCUCAAACAAGAAUGGAGACCUUUGGCUUUGCUUUUAGGCCCAGGAAUGUGUGUAAUGUGGCUGGUCACUAGUCUCUUGGUCUGGGCGUUGGUGCCUGAUAUUAACUUCUUGUUCGCGUUGGCCUUGGGAGCCUGCGUUACUCCUACUGAUCCCGUCUUGAGCAACAGUAUUGUCAAAGGCAAAUUUGCCGACAAGAACAUUCCCAGAGACCUCCAAAGAAUCAUUAUCGCCGAGUCUGGGGCAAACGACGGCCUUGGGUAUCCUUUCCUGUUUCUUCCAUUGUACUUGAUCAAAUACGUUGGUCAUCCCGAGUUAUCAGCUCACCAUGGUGCUUCGAAAGCAAUCGGCCUGUGGUUUGGCGAGACAUGGGGCUAUACGAUUAUUCUCAGCGUCGUGUACGGUGCUGUCGUUGGAUAUCUCGCAAAAGAACUGCUUCACUGGGCAGAAGAGAAAAAAUAUGUGGACAGAGAAAGUUUCCUCGUCUUCGCCAUCACACUCGCUCUGUUCAUCGUCGGAACGGUCGGCAUGAUUGGCUCUGACGAUGUGCUUGCCUGUUUCAUCGCCGGAAACGUCUUCACUUGGGACGACUGGUUCCGUCUGGAGACUCUCGAUGACUCUCUGCAGCCUACUAUCGACAUGUUACUUAACGUAUCGAUCUUCAUCUGGUUUGGUGCAGUCACGCCCUGGUAUCAGUUUGCCCACAACAAUGUGAUCCCGCUCUAUCGACUCAUUCCCCUAGGAAUACUGGUGUUGCUCCUACGUCGACUUCCUAUCGUCUAUGCUAUGCACAAGAAGAUACGACAGAUUGAGGAACCUCGCCAGGCCCUUGUUGUAGGCUUUUUUGGUCCGAUAGGAGUCAGUGCGGUCUUUUACCUCUACAUCAGUCGAGAGUUCCUGCGCGGCAUCACCAACGAGGCAGGUGUGGUUCGAGAGGAUGCAGAACGUUUAUCUGAGAUUAUGCUGGUUGUUAUCUGGUUCCUAGCAAUUUGCAGCAUUGUCGUGCACGGCAUCAGUAUUCCCCUUGGCAAACUUGGAUUCUAUCUCCCAAGAACAAUAUCGGCCGCAGUCUCGACCGAACGACUUUCUCGUAGAUCCACGGAGGAACCCACACCCAUCGGCGAGGACACGCUCUCUGGGGACUCUACUUUGGCCAGUCGCUUCCGUCGCUACAAGGCAGACACGUCCGGCAACAGCUCGUCUCUUCCUCGUUCUUUCUACCGUCUGGGCAGGAGCAUGGUAUCGGACCUGCACAAAGGACACCAGCAAGCCACCGCCUCAAAUAAUUUAGCCUCCACCAAAGACGCCAGCAACAGAAAUAUUUCCGGACCCUCGAACCCUCGCCCUCUUGGUAAAACUGUGGUCAAAGACACGGACCGCAAUUCUCCACUGGGCGCCACACCCAUAUCAGACCGGUCCAGCUCACCUCCACCUCUAAACAGGACUAUCCGUUUUCCUGAUGAGAGCCCCAGUGUUGCCAACUGUUCCUGACUCUAACAAUAAUCUGACCACAUCGAUCUAGCGAGCCCAUGUCGUUGAGCGCGUACUGACUGUGCAUCUAUACUAGUUCUUAUUUUGUUUAUAUAGACCGCUUAGCCUAUCGAACUACUACCGUUCCUGUCCAGCAAACCCAGUAGUCUUACAUGAGUUGACAUGACAGUGGAUAAGAACGCGUGAGGGGUAGAGUGGAUAAGCCCAACAUGUUCGUGUCUUUGGUCUGCUAGUCUCUCGGAAUCACCUCCGAAAAAGACGUUUUAGCUCGCAGUUUGCAAGACUAUUUUCUUUCUAUCGAUUGCUCUCUAGCUGCUGUUUCUUCUCCCCCUAAUGCGAUACUUCUGCUGCGCCGAAUCCUUGGUCUUUUGAUCGGUGAUGUAUUUAGAUUGAUGCGCAUGUGCGUAAGCUG